AUUACAAGCAAAUCAAGCGCCCCUUCUCGGCUCCUCUCCUCCCCUCUCCUCUCCUCUCUUCCCCACUCGAUUCCGUAGAUUCCGCUUGCGGAUCGGCGUCUCGCCUUAGCACGCAGAAGCAGCAGUAAAGAGGCCAUGGAGAUGCUGCGGCGGAACCUGAAGCGGCAGGGGUCGCGCUCGCUCUCCGCCUUCGCCGGCGGCGCCGCCUCCCCGCGCGCCGCGGACCAGGAGAACCUCCACCCCAACCUCGCCUCCUCGCCGCCGGCGUCGCCCGCCGCCAAGGGCGCCGCCUCGCCGCGCCCGAAGCACCCAGCGGCCACCGCAGAGGAGGAUCACGCCACGGCCACCGCCGCGGCCGCGCCAGCCGACAACGAGCCCUCCGUCAAGGUGGUGGUGAGGGUGCGGCCGACGGUGAGCCGGCCGGUGGACGGCAAGGAUCUGUGGUUCGUCCGCAAGACCGCCCCGGACGCCGUCGCUGUCGGCGACCGGUCCUUCGCGGUUGAUGGCGUCCUCGACGAUAGGGCCUCGCAGGCCGAUGCGUUCGAUCUGGUUGGGUUGCCCUUGAUCGAGAACGCCCUGGCUGGAUUCAACACAUCCCUCGUCUGCUACGGCCAGAGCGGCACUGGUAAGACACACACCAUGUGGGGCCCUCUCGGCGCCAUGGUUGACAGCGGCUCUGACCACGCUGACCGCGGUGUCGUGCCUCGGGUUUUCCAGAACCUCUUCUCUCGAAUCCAAAGAACGCAAGAGAGCUCUCCUGAGAAGCAUACCAGCUACCAAUGCCGGUGCUCGUUCCUCGAGGUACAUAACGAGCAGAUCAAUGAUCUGUUGGAACCAUCUCAGCGUGACCUGCAGAUAAGAGAGAAUGCUGGCAAUGGUAUCCAUGUCGAAAACUUGACUGAUGAGUAUGUGUCAACAGUAGAGGAUAUCAAUCAGAUUUUGAUGAAGGGACUUUCAAAUAGGAAAGUUGGCACCACCAGUAUGAACUUGAAAAGUUCACGUUCUCAUGUGAUAUUCACCUGCAUUAUUGAAGCAUGGAGCAAGGGUUCAUCAAAUGGAUUUAGUAGUUCAAGAACUAGCAGAAUUACUUUUGUUGACCUUGCUGGCCCUGAAAAUGAUGACCUUGAUGGUGCAGCAAAGAAUUGUACAAAGGAGGAAAGGCAUCUGAAGAAGUCUCUCUCAAGGCUUGGGAAACUAGUCAACAUUCUUUCAGAAACACCAGAAUCCCAAAAAGAUGAUUUGCCCUAUGAGCAAUCCCGUUUGACACAUGUGCUGAAGGAUACACUAGGUGGCAACUCGAGGGUUACAUUUUUAUGUUCAAUUUCUUCAGAGCACAGGUGCAGAUCUGGAACGUUAAGUACACUAAGAUUCGGUGAACGAGCAAAGCUUCUGCCAAACAAAGCUGUGAUAAAUGAGAUAUCAGAAGAUGAUGUAAAUGGCUUGAGUGAUCAGAUACGUCAGUUGAAGGAUGAACUCAUAAGAACAAAGUCUGGAGACUCCGCAACUUGCAAGGCUGGAUACUCCAGUGCACAAAAUGCCCGUGAAAGCUUGCAUAAUUUGCGAAUGAGCCUUAAUCGCUCUCUAAUCUUGCCUCACAUUGAAGUUGAUUCAGAGGAAGAAGUGGAUGUGAACGAAGAAGAUGUGCAAGAACUGCGUGAUCAGAUUAGCAAGCUUCACUCUUCAUCUGAAACUUUUGAUGACUUCAUGGAUGCAGAGAGUGGGGAUGACAACACUCCUUACGCCAAGGGGAAUCUGGAAACAAGUGAAGAAGAUGAUCAGCCUAUCAUAGAUGAUUUUGGAAGUCCACUACAGCAAGAGCACAAAGAAGUGCCUGGCACUACAAAUGCUGGUGACGAGCUUAUUUCUGAUAGGAAAUCUAGUCUAUCAGUUAGUGCCUCCCCAAGUCUGUCACCGAUACAAGAUCCUACAUUGUGCUCUUCUCCGAAGAUCCACAACAAAGCAAGAAAGAGCAUCACUUCACCAGGGCUGUCGCCAAGCAAGCUUAGGGUUUCCGAGAGCCUAGGUGACAUAAAUGUUGAAGCGUGCAAAAACAGUACAGUUCGUUCCUCUCUACAGUCAAGCAAGCUUAGCCCCACUGACUCACUGGCUGCAAGUCUCCAACGAGGCUUGCACAUUAUAGAAUACCAUCAACAGAAUCCAGCCCCACGAAGAUCAUUUGUUGGCCUUUCAUUUGAUCAUUUCGCGGUGAAUCCACGUCAGUCAAUAGCAAAUGUCAGUUCAGCUGUUCAGGCACUACCUGAGGGCCGAGGAACCAUCCUUUGUUCAUCCUGCAAGAAACCAGUGCAUGCAAAUGAGAACCAAACAGAAGACAUAAACUCAGCCAAGCAGAUUGUGCUGGCCUUGGGUGCUGCAUCCAAUGAAUCAGCUAUUUCUUCAGUUAAGGGCGACAACAGUAAAGCAGCAAUUGCUUCAAAGAGAGAGACCGAACUUGAAGCUUUAUGUGAAGAACAGGCAGCAAAGAUCAAGGAGCUGAGCAUUUUGAUUGAUCAAUAUAGGAAUGGGUCAAGAGAUGGUCCAGAUCCAAAUGGUGUGACACCUGCAGAAGAACUAACUAGCAAGAUUGAUGAACAGUGCGGUGAUGGUAAGGUGUCAUCACUCAGUCCGAAUGAGAGGGAGGCACUUCUUACUGAAAUUGAGAGUCUGAAGGAGCAACUAAAACACCAGACUAAUAUGUCAACAAAUGGUAGUCUUCUGGAUCAGAUAAGGAACGGCAGCAUAGACCAGGAGUAUGAACUGGAGAAAGAAAGACAGAAAUGGAUGGAGUCUGAGAGCAAAUGGAUCUCCCUCACUGAAGAGCUGAGGGUUGAUCUAGAGUCGAACCGGAUGCAUGCAGAGAAGACCGAGAUGGAGCUCUGCAAUGAGAAGAAGUGCACAGCUGAGCUGGAUGAUGCUCUCCAACGAGCCAUGUAUGGCCAUGCCAGGAUGGUUGAACAUUAUGUUGAGCUCCAGGAGCUGUACAAUGAUCUUCUUGAGAAGCAUCGCAGAGUGAUGGAGGCGAUCUCUGAGGUGAAGAGAGCUGCUGCCAAAGCAGGCAGGAAGGGCUGCGGGACGGCCUUUGCUGCUGCCCUUGCCGCGGAGCUUUCCACCGUGAGGAUUGACCGAGAGAAGGAGAGGGCGCAGCUGAAAGAACAGAACAGAAGGCUCCGCAUUCAGCUCCGCGAUACUGCUGAAGCUGUUCAUGCUGCUGGCGAACUGCUCGUCAGAUUGAGGGAAGCAGAGGAAGCAUCGACACAAGAAAAGGAGAGGAGUGCCGCUUUGCUGCAAGAGAACGAGAAGCUCAAGAAGCAGCUGGAGAAGCUGAGGAAGAAGCACGAGAUGGAGCUGGAGACGAUGAAGGUGCACCUUGCGGAGAGCCGGCUGCCGGAGUCUGCGCUGGGCGGUUUCUACCACCAUGAGAACAAGACGCCGGAGUACUCGUGCGAUGCUCCGUCCACGACGCAAGAUGAUGACCAGUCCUGGCGUUCCGCCUUCGCAUCUGCGUACGAGUGAAUGAAGUUUGCCUGAUUGAUUGCUUGGGAAUUCAGACUCGUCAACUGAGCCUAGUUGACAAUUGGGAAAGGGUCAAUUCUUCUUCUUUUCUUACAUGUAUGUCCUUAAUUAUACAUGGACACGAGUAUGUGACUGAUUCAUAUGCCCUCUGAACGGGCAAAAUUUCCAUUUAUACUGUAGUAAGAGCAGUGUAUUUGAGUUGUAUUGUUUGAGUUCGCAGCUGUGAUUAUAAUAACUUUUAUUGCAAA